AUGCUUAGUGAUGGAGCCCUGCAAUACAAGACGACGAUAGGCUUUAACAAAGAUCAACACCUCCAUAAAAAUACAACAUGUUUGGAACAUCCAGAAUGUCCCAACAGAAUAGAAGAGUGCCGUGCUAUACUUCACGAUAGCGGACUGCUACAUGUAUGUCAGGAUUUAGAGGAUUUCCCAGCUUUGGACGAUUUGGACCUCCGCCAAUCACAUUCCGAAGGUCAUGUCAAUAAGUUACUUAAAGAAGCAAUUUCUAUGAAUCAGGAGGCUUUGAAUCGUCUAUGCGAGGAUUAUGACUCCGUAUUCAUGACUCCGCAUUCAGUGGAAGUUGCGAAAUCCGCGGUUUCGUGUUGUCGUUGGCUCGCUGAAAGCAUAGUCGAGGAAAAGAUCCCUAAUGGCUUUGCCUUGGUACGACCUCCUGGUCAUCACGCCGGUCUCUCGUCCGCUUGUGGUUUUUGCCUUUUCAAUAAUGCUGCGCAAGCUGCUGAGGCCGCAUUCAACUUCGGUGCUGAUAGGAUUCUGAUAGUCGACCUCGACGUUCACCAUGGAAACGGUACCCAACAAAUCUUCUAUGAAGACAAUCGAGUGCUGUACUUCUCCGUGCAUCGUUACCAGGCUGGAAAUUUUUGGCCACAUUUGAGAGAGUCGGAUUUCGAUCAUAUAGGUAUUCAUGAAGGAACAGGCUACAACGUUAACGUACCUUUAAAUGAGGUGCAUUUGUUUUUUUUUUUUUUGUUUUGA